AUGGCGGCGCCCCUGGGCGGGAAGCGCCUGAUGGUGAGGUGGCGCCGCGGCCGGAGCAUCCCUGGGGGCGGGGCCGGGGGUCGCCGGGCCAGGCAGACGCUCCGCGAGGGGCGGAUUCAGCCGGGCGGCGCCCAGCGGGUGGGGAUGUGCUCGGCGCGGCCGCUCUAUGGACCCGGGGGCGCUUUCUCGUCACUCCUUCCCUACAGCCGGGCUAUUCAGACCACAGCUGUGUGUCACAAGAACCGGGCAGCCCGAGUGCGAGUUGGGAAAGGAGACAAGCCGGUGACGUACGAACAGGUCCACCCACCCCACUACAUCGCCCAUCGCAAGGGCUGGCUCUCCCUGCACACCAGUAACCUGGACGGGGAGGGCGGGGCGGCCGAGCGCACCGUGGAGGACGUCUUCAUCCGCAAGUUCAUCUACGGCACCUUCCACGGCUGCCUGGCCAAUGAGAUUGUGCUGAAGCGCCGCGCCAACGUGCUGGUCGUCUGCGCCGUCUUCCUGCAGCGCCUGCCACCCUACAAGUUCUACUUCCUGGUGGGCUACACCGAGACGCUGCUCUCCUUCCUCUACAAGUGCCCCGUCCGGCUGGAAGUGCAGACCCUGCCCGAGAGGGUCAUCUACAAGUACCUAUAGCACCGCUGGACCCCUGGGCGAGGCCUGCCCCCUGGCAGCCGGGCAUCCCACCUCUCCCCUGGGCUAGCCUGUGCCUGACUCAGGUCACCUGCUGUCCUGUCUCUCACUGGCCCGUUGUGGGGCAGGGCACCCACGCUCCACAUGGGCCCGAGGAGGCUGUGGACCCAUGGGUGGUGGCCGUGGGGUGCUCUGGUGUGGGUGUUACUGAGGCUCUGGACGUAGCAGUGGCCCGGCCCAGCAAUGGGGAAUAAAAGCACUCUGGCCCCUGUGUCCA